CCGGACGAAGAGGAAGUGGCCGAAAGGGGAAGCAGCGGGCCGCAGGGAGGAGGCAGGUGGGCUGGGGGCGGGGGCGGCCGCCGGGGCUUAGGGCCUGCGGUCCUGCAGUCCGCGGCCGGAACAAGAUGAAAGCCAAGGCGGUGGCUCCGGAGGUGCUGGGAGCGCUGGCCGUGCUGGGGCUUGGUGCUGGGGCUCUUGCCUACGUCCUGUGGCAAAUGCACCUCCCGCCCACCAGCGGCCGGCUGCACCCGGAGGAAGGGCCCACCUCGUCCCCGGGCCAAGGCUCCCGCCGGCCCUGGGAGCCCCAGAGAGGGGAGGCUGCGCCGCGGCUGAAGGACGCCUGCCGGCUUGUCCUUGUGGAGAGCACCCCCUGGGACCUGCCUGCUGCGGCCGGCAGCCCGUCGGCCCAGCCCCUGGCCCAGGCCUGGCUGCAGCUGCUGGACGCCGCGCGGCACAGCAUUCACGUGGCUUCCUUCUACUGGUCCCUCACAGGGGCCGACAUUGGGGUCAACGACUCGUCUUCCCAGCUGGGGGAGGCCCUUCUGCGGAAGCUGGAGCAGCUGCUGGACAAGAACAUUUCCCUGGCUGUGGCGACCAACAGCCCGUCACUGGCCAAGAACUCCACGGACCUCCAGGUCCUGGCGGCCCGAGGUGCCCAGGUGCGGUUCGUGCCCUUGAGGAAGCUCACCGGGGGCGUUUUGCACUCCAAAUUCUGGGUCGUGGACGGACGGCAUGUCUACCUGGGCAGUGCCAACAUGGACUGGCGGGCCCUGACGCAGGUGAAGGAGCUGGGCGCCGUCAUCUACAACUGCAGCCGCCUGGCCCUCGACCUGGAGAGGACCUUCCAGACCUACUGGGUCCUGGGGGCACCGAGGGCUGUCCUCCCCAGCGCCUGGCCUCGGAGCUUCUCGUCCCACAUCAACCGCUUCCAGCCUCUCCGGGGCCACUUUGACGGGGUGCCCACCACGGCCUAUUUCUCCGCCUCGCCACCGGCACUCUGCCCACACGGCCGCACGCGGGACCUGGAAGCCCUGCUGGCCGUGGUGCGUGGUGCCCGGGAGUUCAUCUACGUCUCGGUGAUGGAGUACUUCCCCACCACGCGCUUCAGCCACCCGGCCAGGUACUGGCCGGUGCUGGACACCGCGCUGCGGACAGCGGCCUUCAACAGGGGUGUGCGCGUGCGCCUGCUGGUCAGCUGCUGGCCCCACACGGACCCCAGCAUGUUCCCCAACCUGAGGUCCCUGCAGGCCUUCAGCAACCCCACGGCCGGGGUCUCGGUGGAUGUGAAAGUCUUCAUCAUGCCAGUGGGAAAUCACUCCAACAUCCCCUUCAGCAGGGUGAGCCACAGCAAGUUCAUGGUCACAGAGAAGGAGGCCUACAUCGGCACCUCCAACUGGUCGGAGGACUACUUCAGCAGCACCUCGGGGGUGGGCCUGGUGGUCAGCCAGAGAGCGCCCAGCGGCCGGCCAGGGCUCCUCACCGUGCAGGAGCAGCUGCGUCGCCUGUUCGAGCGAGACUGGGAUUCCCGCUACGCCGUGGGCCUGGACGCACAAGCCCAGGGCCAGGAUUGCGCCUGGCGAGGCUGAGGGGCUGCUCUGCCCAGUCCCCAGCCCGCAGUUCCCACGUCCCGCUGCGCCUCCCCACCUGCCGCGGGUCAGGGCUCUGAGCCGCCCUCCUCACAAGCCCUGCUCACGUCUAGGACCUCCCAGCUCCCGGCAGGUACAGAUGGACGGCUUGCCCUUGGCGCCUGAACCGGCCCCUUGCACGCCCCACCUCCUCCAGGGAGCCUUCCGGGAUUGUCCUCCCUGACCCACAGAACCACAGUCCCUACCCACGAAGAGGCUUUAGAAUCCACGCACCUCCCUCCCUGUCUGUGUGGGUCUGGCAUGGGCGGCUUCCACUCCUCCCAGCCCCAGGCUGGGGUUCUGCACCCCCCACCCUGGGACGGCUCUGCCUGCCUGUCGGUGCCUAGGCCUCACCCACAGGAGCCGGGGGUGGGGCUGGAGCAGGUGCUGGGACAGGCGGACCCAGGAUGGGGGACAGAUGGAGAGGGGAGGGGUGCAGGGCUGCUGUGUGGCCCCAGGACCAUGUGCAGUGAGGGCCGGCACUUCAGGCAGGGUCGAGAGAACCUGGUUUGGAGCCAGGGCUGGGGGGGUGGGGGUGGGGUACUGGCACCAAGCCGGGGUGGAGCCUUGGACAUGGACCUGCCCAGGGGACACCGCCCCAGGAGGCGCCCGGACACCGCCCUGCAGAGGCUCUGAAUCCUGUCUGACACCUGGGUUCUGGCCCUUCUGCCGGAUCGGAGGCCGUCCCAGCGCACCCACUUGGCCUCUCCCGACUUCUGGUUUCUGACCAAGGCUCCAGAGCCCACCCGAUCUGUGGAGGCCGCCCUGGGCGGCAGUGUGGGGUGAGCUCCGUGGCCAGGGGACCCUGGACUCUGAGGAGCUGAGCGAGGAGAUGCCCGCGUCCGCCCUCCCACAUCCUGGAGUGCCGCCCCCCUGGCCGCCCCGUCCUCUCUGCCCCACAGUGAGCAGGAGGGCUGCAGCCGGGCCCCAUGUGUCAGCAUCCUUGUUGGUGAGGAAGGUCCCCGACCCAGCCUGCUCCCCUGCCCAGACCUGCAGGGCAGGCCCAGCCUCUGGGAGCUGGUCUGUGUGUGAGCAGCCCUGGACCAAACCAAGCCCCCCGCCUCUGUGGCGGCUCCCCACAGCUCCUGUCCCCUGCCUGUGGACUGCACAGCGACCCCGUCAGAAAGAGACCCUGUCCUGGACCCAUGGUGCCCUCCAGAGCUGAGUGGGGGUUUGCACUCUGGUCCUGGCCCCCAGCAGUGGUGUCCCCGGGCCGGUCAGCCACGAGCCAUCAGGUCCCCGUGCUCCAGGUCGUGCCUGGAUGACAGGGAAAAAGCCACAGCCAUGGCCCAGUGGCCAUCGCCACGGAAGGGGCUGGUGGCCACACGUCGGGGCAGUCUCUAUGGCCUGUUCCAAAGCAGACCUUCCCGUCAGGAGACCCAGCUUGUGAGGCUUGAGAGGCCCCCCGGGGUGCCUUGAUGUGGCUCCUUCUGGGCCUCGGUGGACAGACUCACGACCUUGCCCCGGAAGCCGUGUCCUGUGUGACCCCUCCCCUCGGCGGGGGGCACAACCGUGUUUGCUUGUAAGCAAUAGAGCACACAAAGGGGCCGAUCUGUCA